AUGUUGAAUGAAAACCAAAUAUACGAAGGUGAUAAUAAUUCAAAAGAAUUCCUUAAUGAAAUUAUCGAAAAAUUAUGUAUAUCAGGUCUUCCGGCAUUUCAUGAUUUUUCGGAUAAUAUCCAACUGUCUCGUGUUAUUGUUUUUAAUGGUAUACGUCCAAGCAUUCCAGCAAAUGUGCCAAAUUUAGUUGCUGAAUUGAUUAUUAAAUGUUGGAAUGCUCAGCCGGACAAAAGACCGACUUCCAGAGAAAUAUAUGAAGCUUUAAACAAAUGGAAUAGUGAAAUUUCAAGUAAUAAAUCAACAGAAAUCGUUACCCAAAUAAGGAAAGCUAAUGAAAUGCUCAAAGACAACAUGUCAACAACAUUAUCUUACAUUGAUACAUUUUCCGAUGAAAUUUAUUUCGAUCCUCUAGAGAUUGUAAAUUUAGAUGAAAGCCAAGACGAACAAAUCAUCAUAAACUUAGAAGAAAAGCACGCCAAAGAAAAUAGUCAAAGCCUGAUAAUUGUGGACCCAUUUGAAAUUUCGAAUGAUUAUAACAAUGUAGUUGAAAAAAACCAACUCAUCCAAAAUCAAAAAUUAGCUCAAUUUGAUAUUAACAAACAAUUCGAUUGCUUGAAUAAAAGCAACAUGCACGAACUAGCCAAAGUCUGA